AUGCAGAACGCAAGACGACUUGACAUAGAAGAGAAGAAAAAAUCAACCGAAGCCGAGGGCAAUUUUGACCUAUUGAUACCGCUCAGCAUGAUACUGAGUUUUGCUGAAGACUACCGCGAGAUCGUUGUCAAUACCAAACAAGAGUUGAUUUUAACGAGAUCAAAAACCGAUGUAAAAGCAAUUGUGCAGAGUCAAAACGAGGAAUACAAAAUUGUGAUCAAUACAGUGGAAUGGCUCGUACCAUAUUUGAAACUCGCGGAUCAGAGAAAACUUGAAAAACCUCGAUACGUAAUUUUGGCUUUCCAAACAAGUCGAAAGAACAAUACCGGCAAAAACACAAGUGAUUUCGAUCACUGCAAUGUCACCGACGUCAAGGUGUUUUUAAACUCAAAAUCUUAUCCGUACGGUAACCUGAGCCUAAACACGGGUCGUAAUCUGCACCCGUUCCUGGACGAGAUGUACGCAAACUUCCAAGCUACCUACUACGACCAGAACCCCGAGCCAUUGCUGACAAAGAGUAAACUUCUUCAGAAUGUCCCCUUAUUUGUUAUUGCCUUUUCAAAACAAAACGAAUCUCUGAAGUACGGGCCUGUCGACAUCCGUCUUGUAUUUGAAGCUUAA